GGCCUUUUAAAAAUAUCCAGGGAUACUCCGACGCCAACACUCCCGUGUCUCGUCUUUAUAUUUUGGGGUGAUAAGUCAUAUUUUCUCACUCAUUGGAAUACUUUAAACGUAAAAAUGUCUCAACGGGCUUUACCAGUUCUAUUCAUCAAUCUUGGAGGUGAAAUGUUGUAUAUUUUGGACCAGCGUUUGCGAGCUCAAAACAUUCCCGCGGAUAAAGCACGGAAAGUGAUGCAUGACAUUGUUAAGACGAUGUUCAACCAACGAUUCGUGGUGGAACUCUUCAAGCCUCAAGAUAUCUACUCUAAGAAAGCGAUGAGGACAGUUUUUGACCGUCUGGCUCAUGCUUCUAUCAUGAGACUCAACACUGCAUCUAUGGACAAGUUAUAUGACUUGAUGACGAUGGCUGUCAAAUAUCAGAUAUCACUCUGUCUCAGACCUAAGGAUAUUCUUCUUGUUACUCUAAACCACAUGGAUGCCAUCAGAAGCUUUGUUUGUGACAACCCAACACUCAAGGCUGGUGUAGAGGGCGUUUGUCGUCUGCUCUUAAAGACCUUUUCUGGUGUAACAUUGGGAGAGUUUCAGCUCAUACGGCAGACACUUUUAGGCUUCUUUCAAGACAUGCAUAUUAGGGUGUCAAUAUUCUUGAAAGAGAAGGUGCAGAGUUCUAACGGGCGGUUUGUUCAUUCCCUCGGUGGCGCUGUUCCAUACGGCACAGAGAUUCCAGGAACAAUCAGAUAUUUCAACCGAGAUGGGAAGCAGGUUGAGACAGAGGAGUUCUCCUGCCCAGGGAAGUACAUUGCCUCCUUCAAGGAAGGCUCGUUUGAAAUGGAAGGAGACAGGGUCAUCAAGCUCGGAAGGAACAUGUACUGCACAUCAAAGACGGGAGACGCCACGGUCAUGGGGGACUCCGGCGGCAGGGGCAAAUCGAAAGCCUCUGCGGAGCAUGCAUCAGCUAAUCCUAAUCCCAUGGUGAAAGCAGAGCUUAAUCUCCUGGCUCAUCUGAUGGGUGCGGUGGAGAAGAAACCUGCUGGUCCUGGCAAAGAAAAUGAUUUUAGGAUCAGUAUGUUCAAUACAGAUGAAGAAGAAGAGAAGUUUGCUGCUGCUCGACCUCCUCCAGACAUGUAUGAUUUCAAGGUCAUCAACAUUGACGCCUCAAAGAUCCAGACGAGCGAGGAGCUGAGUAGAAUAAUGGGCGACAUGGCCAUCCCGGAUGCCACAGGUCCUUCCAAUAAGGGCGAUGACCUUUUAGAACUGAUGGACAGUGCAUCAUGAGGUCAAAGGUCACUACCAUUAUAGCAAUCAGAUUUGAAUUUUUGAUGUACACUGUAUUAUAUACAUUCUUACAUGUGCCAUUAAUGUCGAGUGUUUUGAGAGACAGUUUUAGAUGUUUGUACCGCUCCAGUUGAUAUUUCUGUAAUUUCCCACACCUGAAUUCACUGGAAAAAUAUAAACCAUGGGAUAAUAUGAUUCACAGAAGAUGUUACAAGAUCUGGGGUGUUUCACGAAGAUCUAAGUAUGACUUAAGUCGUACUUAUAUCCCAACGUGUACAUGAUAUGCAACGCAAAAUCUUAUUGAUUAAUAUGCAGUCAUGUGCAUCCUCCUGGUAUGAUCCUGACCGAUGUAGUCACGCCUUUGAAAACGCAUGCAAAUUGGCAUUUAAGUGUGGAUCUAAGUCAUACUUAAACCUUUUAUUUGUGAAACAUCCCCCUGGGUCCCGUAACACAAAUGUUAGCACGUCGUAUGC